AUGAAGCUCCUGGUAAGUAAAUGCAAACCUCAUACUGUGACGAGGAACUACUGCGUCACACCUCAAGUGAACAGUCGUGUGUUCUUGUAUGACGUGCCACCGUCAAUCAUCUUCCGUCGGCCAUCGUACGAUCCCAAACCAAAACUGGAACGGAAUAUUAUUUUCGUGAGACUUCCUGAUGGUGCUCAAGGACCAGAACCCAUCGUGGUUCCUCCUCCCAGGCAGCAACACGUCUUAUUCGUCCUUAACAAGCAAUCGGAACAAGGUCAGCAAGUGAUCGAGGUGCCAGCGCCACCACCUUCGGAUCCCGAAGUGUUCUUCGUGAACUACGCAGAAGGCGAGAAGACCUCCAAACAGCGCUUAGUGCUGCCUUAG